AUGGCGAAAGCCCACAUCAAACAGCAGGGUGGAACCCAAUCCAAGCGGCUGAUGAAAGAGGCCCAGAAGCUGCUGGCCUGGGAACUUCCUUUCCGUACAGGCCGAGCACAUCACAGGUGCCGACAACAUCAUGGUGGAUUGGCUGAGCUGAUCACAGUUCCACCCUGUGCCAGCCAUGGAGGAGACCAUGCCCGACCGUCCUGCCAUUUUUGUGAAGCAACUUGCCAGCGGUGUGAGAAGAAGGGACAUAUCGCCAAGGCAUGCCGCAGCGAAUUCCCUACCACUAUCAGACAGCCCAAAAAUACACAAAGCCGUCAACAGAGGCCCAAACCAGGGGCCUGGCAGAAGUACCCACAGCAGUCUGAAGGCAACGAUAGAGUCGCCAAUCAUACAUUUGUUAGACAAAUCUGCUCUGGGCACCCCAAAAAGCUGAAAGUCACUGUCCUCAUCGAGGACUCUCCAUGUGAGAUGGACUUUGACACCAGGUCAUCACUGACCAUAAUGCCGUGGUCAGUUCUCAAGCAAGCGAUCCCGAAGCUACAAAAGCGGCACCUCCGAAACCCUGACAUCCGCCUGUGUGAUUACCAGGGAAACCAGGUCCCCAUCAUGGGCCAAGGCACCUUCUGGGUGAACUACAAACACUUCUGCGAAAACCUCCAUGUGAUGGUGGUCAGUGGUAACCUUCAGAGCUUCUUGGGGCUUGAUUGGUUCCAAGCUUUGGGGAUGGAAGUGACUGGAAUCAACUCCGUGAGGGACGACGGCACUGAAGCCAUCUUUAAGAAGUUCGAGGACAUUUUCAGCACCGGUCUGGGUAAGUACAAGCGAACCCCAAUUUCCUUUAGCUUGGACCCCACCAUGGCCCCAAUUAGGCGUAAACCUAGGAGAGUACCUUUCGCUCUCCGUCCUAAAAUUGACAAAGAAAUUGACAAGCUCAUGAGCCAGGGCAUCUUAGAGCCAGUCGAUCACACACACUGGGAGAUGCCUAUUGUGACACCCGUCAAGUCUAAUGGGUCUAUCCACAUCUGCGCAGACUAUAAAUGCACAAUUAAUAAAGCAUUACAACAAAGCGCCUACCUUGUGCCCAUUGUACAGCACCUACUACAUUCUCUUGGUCCAGGAAAAGUCUUUGCAAAAUUAGACAUGGUUCAGGCAUACCAACAAUUCCCUGUCGACGCGGAGCCCACCAGCGGCCAGGAAGAAAAAUGUGAAGAACCUCUGGUCUCCAACUUAGCACCCUCCUUCUUCAGCAGUUCAUCAUCUCUGUCAUCUACAUCAAAUAGCUAUUCGCCUGGGUUUGCCAAACUAAACAAAAGAGGAGGUGCUGGAGGCUGGUGUCCAUCAGAAAGUAAUCAUUACCAGUGGUUGCAAGUUGAUUUUGGCAAUAGGAAACAGAUCAGCUCAAUUGCUACUCAAGGCAGAUAUAGUAGUUCUGACUGGGUAACUCAGUACCGAAUGCUUUACAGUGAUACAGGGAGAAAUUGGAAGCCAUAUCACCAAGAUGGAAAUGUUUGGGCAUUUCCUGGAAAUGUAAAUUCUGACUCUGUGGUACGACAUGAUUUACAGCAUGCAGUUAUUGCCCGCUACAUUCGGAUACUUCCUCUGGAAUGGAGUGGAGAGGGUCAAAUUGGAUUGAGGAUUGAGAUCUAUGGCUGUCCUUAUUGGGCUGAUGUUAUCAAUUUUGAUGGCCAUGCUGUAUUACCAUACAGAUUUGGACACAAGAAGAAAACACUGAAAACACUGAAAGAUGUCAUCGCUUUGAAAUUUAAAACAAUUGAAAGUGAAGGUGUACUAUUCCAUGGAGAAGGCCAACAAGGAGAUUAUAUCACCCUAGAAUUGAAAAAAGCCAAACUGGUUCUUAACUUAAAUUUAGGUAGCAACCAGUAUGGUUCAAUCUAUGGACACACAUCUGUGACCACAGGUAGCCUUUUGGAUGAUCACCAUUGGCAUUCUGUUUUAAUAGAGCGUCAUGGUAGAAACAUCAAUCUCACCCUUGAUCGGCAUUUGCAGCAAUUUCGGAUCAAUGGGGAAUUUGACUACUUGGAUCUGGACUAUGAGAUAACAUUUGGAGGUAUGCCUUUUUCUGGGAAGCCGAGUUCAAACAGCAGAAAGAAUUUCAAAGGCUGCUUGGAAAGCAUAAUCUACAAUACCAACAAUAUCACAGAUAUGGCCAGAAGGAAGAAAUUGGAACCUUCUACUGGGGGGAAUUUAAGCUUUUCCUGUGUGGAGCCUCAUACAGUGCCAGUAUUUUUUAAUGCUACUAGUUUCCUGGAAGUGCCUGGCCAUUCAAAUCGUGAAUUAUUCUCAGUCAGCUUUCAAUUUCGGACAUGGAAUCCAAAUGGAGUUUUGUUGUUCAGCAAUUUUGCUGAAGGAUUGGGUAGCAUUCAGAUUGACUUGACUGAGGGAAAAAUCAAUGUCCGUAUCAAUGUUACUGGAGUGAAGAAGAAUAAAAUCAACAUAUCUUCAGGUGCAGGACUCUCUGAUGGACAAUGGCACGAGGUUCGAUUCUUAGCUAAAGAAAAUUUUGCAGUUCUCACCAUUGAUGGUGAUGAAUCUUCUUCUGUUCGGAGUAACAGUCCUCUGAAAGUUUUGACAGGAGAAAAAUAUCUGUUUGGAGGUUUUCUUCAGCGGUCAUUCCAGGGCUGCAUGCAGUUUAUUCAUGUGGAUGAUCAAUUGGUGGAUUUACAUGCAAUAGAGCGAAGAAAGUUGGGAGGUUUUGCCAAUAUCAGCAUCGAUAUGUGUGCCAUUAUUGAUCGGUGUGUGCCCAAUCACUGUGAGCAUGGAGGGAAGUGUACCCAAACAUGGGAUAGCUUCAGUUGCACCUGUGAUGGAACUGGAUACAGUGGAGCCACAUGCCAUAACACUCUUUACGAACUCUCCUGUGAAGCAUAUAAACAUUUGGGCAAAACAACAGGUUCUUACUGGAUAGAUCCAGAUGGCAGUGGUGCACUGGGACCUUUGAAAGUUUACUGCAAUAUGACAGAGGACAAAGUAUGGACUACUGUGAAUCAUGACUUACAAGAGCGUUUUCCAGUGGUAAGCAACAGACCAGAGAAGCAUGCUGUGCUACAGCUUAAUUACAGUGCCACCAUGGAUCAAAUCUCAGCCAUCACUGGUAGUGCUGAGUAUUGUGAACAGUUCAUCUCCUAUGUCUGUAAACUGUCACGGCUGCUGAACACCCCAGAUGGCAAUCCAUAUACCUGGUGGAUCGGGCGUGCCAAUGAAAAGCAGUAUUACUGGGGUGGCUCUGGACCAGGCAUUCAGAAAUGUGCCUGUGAUGAACGUAACUGUACUGAUUCAAAGUACAAUUGCAACUGUGAUGCUGAUUCGAAACAAGAGAGAAAAGAUGCUGGUCUUUUAUCUUAUAAGGACCAUUUACCUAUCAGUCAAGUGGUGGUUGGAGAUAUUGGUCGCCCAGGCUCUGAUGCCAAGUUAACUGUGGGUGCUCUGCGUUGCCAUGGAGACCAGAAUUAUUGGAAUGCUGCAUCAUUUGUUACUCGAUCUUCAUAUCUCCACUUCUCCACCUUUCAAGGAGAGACUAGUGCUGACAUUUCAUUCUACUUCAAAACAUCAGCCCCUGAUGGAGUCUUCCUUGAGAAUCGGGGGAAUUCAGAUUUCAUCAAACUUGAGUUAAAAUCUGCCACAGAUGUAUCUUUCUCAUUUAAUGUUGGAAACGGCCCAGUAGAAAUUAUUGUCAAGUCACCACAUCCGCUCACAGAUGAUCAGUGGCAUCGAGUGAUUGCAGAGCGCAAUGUCAAAGAAGCCAGCCUGCAAGUAGAUCAGUUCCCUAGAGAAAUCCGGAAGGCUCCCACUGAAGGCCACACUCGACUAGAACUCUAUAGUCAGCUCUAUGUUGGUGCUGCAGGUGAACAGAAAGGAUUUUUGGGUUGCAUUCGCUCUUUAAGAAUGAAUGGAUUGACUCUGGAUUUAGAAGAAAGAGCAAAAGUCACCCCAGGUGUGAAACCUGGUUGUUCUGGCCAUUGCACAAGCUAUGGAAUACAUUGCAAAAAUGGUGGCAAAUGUGUUGAAAAAUAUAAUGGAUACUCAUGUGACUGCUCCCAGACAGCUUACGAUGGUCCUUUCUGCAGUAAAGAUGUUGGAGCCUUUUUUGAAGAAGGAAUGUGGCUCCGGUAUAAUUUUUCCUCUGUAGGAAAUAAUGUGAAGGAUUCAGGGAGCAGAACUCUCUUGAGCUCCAAAGAAUCAGAGAAUUUUGUGUCAGACCUCAAUCUCAAUAAAGAAGAAAUCAAUUUUAGCUUCAGCACUAGCAAAGCUCCUUGUAUCCUGCUGUACAUCAGUUCUUAUUCUCAGGACUACAUGGCAGUGUUAAUUAAUCUAGCUGGAAAUUUACAGGUUCGAUACAAACUUGGAGGUGCUAAAGAACCAUAUAACAUCAAUGUAGACCAUAGGAAUGUGUCAAAUGGACAGCCACACAGUGUGAAUAUCACACGGGUAGGAAAAGACAUAGUCCUCCAGCUGGACCUUUAUCCCCCAAUAAGCUACACUAUACCAGGAUCAUCAAGCCUUCAGUUCAGCUCACUGAAGUCACUCUUUCUAGGAAAAGUAAUAGAACUCGGAAAGAUUGAUCAAGACAUCCAUAAAUAUAACACACCAGGAUUUUCGGGUUGCUUGUCACGUGUACAGUUCAACCAGAUUACUCCACUCAAGGCAGCCUUGAGACAGAGCAAUAUCUCCUCUCACAUUUACACAGAAGGAGAACUUGUAGAAUCGAAUUGCGGAGCAAAUCCACAAACCAUCCAACCAAUGUCUUCGGCAACAGACCCUUGGCAUCCAGAUUCAGGUGCUGAUCUUCCUUACAAUGGUCAAGUAAUAGGAAAUGGUGUUAACAGAAAUUCAGCAAUUAUUGGAGGUAUUAUUGCUGUUGUGAUCUUCACCAUUCUCUGCACCCUGGUGUUCCUCAUUCGAUACAUGUUCCGCCACAAGGGAACCUACCAUACCAAUGAAGCCAAGGGGGCAGAAUCUGCUGAGAGUGCAGAUGCCGCUAUUAUGAACAAUGAUCCCAAUUUUACAGAAACCAUUGAUGAGAGCAAAAAAGAGUGGCUUAUCUAAAAUGAAAUGGGAGGAGUAAACAGUAGGGGUUGGGGUGGGAUUGCAGAACAUUUUUUUUUCCAACAAGCUCUCUAAUGGACUCUUGAGCACAUCUAAUUUUAAAAAAGAGAAGAUCAGCACAACUCAAGGUGCAAGUGACAGACAAACAUUGAGAUUACAAGCCCAAACAAAUAGAAAAGAAUAUUGGUUUAUCAUGAAUUGCCCUUUUUAUACACAUCUAAUCCAAGAAAAUAAUCCAAGCAGUUCAGUAAUUUAAGCAGUUCAACAUUGCCAGUAAAUAUUGUUGUCUAUCUGUGCUUACAGGUGUUUAAAAAUACCUAUCACUACAGGGAUCACUUUUCAUUUUUUAAAUCCCUUUAGAAUAUAAAUAUUUCUUUCCAGACAAUAUCUGUUUCUGAAGCCUAGGAGCAUUCUUGUCUAGCCUUUUAGCAUCAUGUUCUAAAAAGGAUGUGAUAAUAGUUAAAACAUACAUUGUCAUUUGAUUUGAUUUGAUUUGAACAUUAAAGGUAUCAGACUGCAGGGUACUUUCAAAUGGCUUUAUAGUCAUUUUACCCACUCUGGAAAAUUCUCAGAAUUCUCCGUAAUUGUUUGAAAAAGCCAGGAAUCCUAAGUGUAUCUUUUCUAUUGGUGUAAACAUGUCAGUCACUUUUCUUAUCUGAAAUCACAUACAAAAUGUCCAUAAUCAACAUUGCUCCAAUUUCUGAGAAUGAGAAUAUUGGGGUUUCACGGAAAGUUUUUGUCCCACAGAAUAUUCAACAUUGCUGAAUUACAAAUUUCACAGAAAAUGGCACAUUUCAGCGGCAGUUAGUCUGUGGGGAGCAUUCACCGAAUUAUUCUCUUUACAAGAAGCCAUAACUAUGAAAUUAUCUUAAAAACCUACUUAUAAUAAAUGGUCCCUCAGAAAGCAAGAACUCAGGCUUUAAGAUAUGCCUGGAUAAAACCAGAUUAAUGUGUUUUUGAUAGGCCAUUAAUCUGUUAGCACUUUGAAAUCUCCAUUUGAUUUGGGUGUAUCAUAAUAUUGUGAAGUUUUAUCAAUAAUACAGACCUGCUGUUGUUUUCAUUCUUGUUGUCAGAAAGGCAGACUUUAAUGCAUAAAAAGCCUUAUUAAUUUUCUUGCUGAAACUCUUACAACUCCGUUGACCUGACAUCACCAUGUAACAUUUCUUCCACUUGUGACAUAACUGAUUUAUAUAGAUACAUAGAUACAUACUAGGGCCAUGAUGGCGAACCUGUCACACGUGUGCCACAGGUGGCACACAGAGCCAUAUUCACUGGCACGCCAGCCAUCAGCUCCAGGGCCCAUGCACUCAAUGGCCAGCUGUUUUGGGGCUUCUGGAAGGCCGGGACAGGCUGUUUUUUGCCUUCCCCAGCAUCCAGAAGCUGUCCUGGAGCCUGGGGAGCGCAAAAAACAAUCCCAAUAGGCCAACCAGAUGUUUGGGAAUGAACUUCUGGUUGGCUCGUUGGGCCUGUUUUUCACCCUCCCCAGGCUCAGGAGGUUUUCUUAAAGCCUGGGGAGGGCAAAAAACAGCCCCAACAGGCCAACCAGAAGUUUGGAAACAAUCCGUUUCUGGCUUUUGAGAGGCGUGGGAGGCCACCAAAACCUGGGGAAGGGUCGUUCAUGCAUGUGUGGGGGGAGGGUUGCGUGCAUGCACAUGUGGGGCAGGAAGGAUUGGAUUGACAGCGUGUCAAUCCGAAAUUGUGGCAUGCUAUAAGAAAAAGAUUCGCCAUCACUGUACUAGGGAAUUAGAACCACACUUAUAUGUUCUUUGAAAAUGGAUUCUCAUAAAUUCACAACAUUAUAUGCAUAUUGCUAUUUAAGAAACAAAUUUAAUACACAAAACAUGCUUUUAUUCUUUUUCAAGUCUUUAUAAAUCCUGGUUUGAAAUAGAUUUUUGAAACAGUUUUCCUUUUACUGGAAAAGCAAAAAUAAAAAGACUGAAUAAUCCAGAGCUCAGAAUUAUACAUUCCAAAGCAUUUUCUUAUAGGCAGGUUUGCUGAAUCUGUUAUUCAGGGAUAAGAGUGACAUUGCUGAAUUGAAUAAACAUAUCCAUGAAAGAGAAGGCUCUGGAAUCAAUUCUCAGAAGUCACAUGCAUCUAUGUUUUAGCAGAUAUAGUUAUAUGAAAGAGUUAACCCACAUCUAAUAUUUUGGCAUGAGCUUUCUUAUGAAUUGAACGUACACUGGAUCAAUUUGAAUUAUCAAAUUAUCACAAAGGAGAUUCUAUACAACAAAUGUUAAUCCAUUUCUAAUUGGUUUUAAUCAGCAAAACAUAAUUGCUGAUACACAAUUGUAAUUUUCCAAAAGCAAGUUCAUUGAACUACAAUUUUCUGAGUUCUUGGAGGAGUUUCAUAGUGGUUAAACGGGUAUGAAUCUGAUUCAAUGUGGUCAUUGCUUUUUUUUUAAUGUUCAUUGUUCAUCAAGAAGGUUCUUCACUGAGACUUUUUGAAGUCUUUAUCAUAUGUGAGAGUUUAUUGCUUUGUUACAUUAACUCUUUAUUAAGUAUUCCUCUUCAACAAAAGAAGACUAAUGAAAUAAUUGCAGUGUGUUAUAAUAACCCUCAAACCAUAAUGUUAUCCCAUCAUUACAAAAUACCUUCACAUAUACAGCUACAGUAAUAAAACUUUAUAAAAGAUAUACAGCAUAAAAAGAAGAGUUUUAGGGCCAAUGGUAAUGAUGAUAUUUUUAUUUUUUACUUAUAUCGUGCCUUUUAUUAUUUUUACAAAUAAUUCAAGGCGACGAACAUAUCCAACACAUCUUCCUCCUGCCAUUUUGCAGAUUGCAACAAUAACCCCAUGAAGUGACUUGGGAUGAAAAAGAGUAACUGUCCCAAGUUCACCCAGCUGGUUUUCAUAGUUAGGGCAGGACUUGAACUCACAGUUUCUUGCUUUCUAGCCUUGUGCCAUAACACCUAAACCAAACUGACUCCUAAUUAUACACUCAUAAUUGCAUAGUGAAUACACCAGAGGAAGAUCAGUUUGCCUAGAACCCUUUAAGGAGGAAUAGCAACAACUCUACGGCAAUUUUCAGCAGUUGUAACAAAACUACCAAAAGUCAACUUAUUGUAAUUGAUGUUCAAAAGCAAACAUUCACAUGCCUGAACUAGAGUAAACAUGCUAAAUUCCACACUGCUGCUAUUUCCAAAUUCUUACCUAGUCAAUUUUAGUAUAUUACAGUGAAGUAAAAGGAAAAUUAUUGUUCUGGUGAUGUGUCCAACUUUUCCUAUCUGUGGUUUAGUCUAAUAAGUUAGUAGUCCUUGACUUACAACCACAAUUGGGCCCAAAAUUUCUAUUUCUAAGUGAAACAUUUAUUAAGUGAAUGUUGUCCCAUUUUACGACCUUUCAAGCCAAGUUUUAAAGUGAAUCAUUUAUGUUAAAUUAGUAUCUUGGUUGUUAAGUGAAACUGGCUUCUCCAUUGACUUUGCUUGUCAGAGAAUCA